AUGGAGUGCUUUAUCGUUCUCUUCCUCGUGGCACUGUGUGGCUGGGAGGCGAUCGCGUGGCUGCGCGGACCAAAGCUUCCACGCGACAGCUCCUUUGGCUGCACCGUCCACGGCGUCCUACGCGGCCACAACGUUUCUUCGUACUACCUCACCAACGGUCAACUGCGCUACCUCGUUGGCGAGCCGCACGACGUGGGUGCCAUCUACCAAGUGUGCGACCACGGCACACUGACUUGCUACCAAGAAGACGGCACCGCAGAUGGGCACAUCGACGACGUCGUCGCUUGCCCACGCGACGCCACUCACCGCCGCCUCGGGGUUGCCAGCGACAAGAAGCGCCGGCUCUGGCCCGACGCGGUUCUCUGCUAUGAGGUGGCGGACUCGGCUUUCACCGAGUCCGAGCGCACCGCCGUGUUUGCCGCCAUGACGGUGUUGGCUGCGGACACGGGUCUCGCCUUUAUGGCCCGUCACGAGUGUGCUGCCGGUGCGACGAUCUGCGGUCACUGUCAGCACUACGUCUCGAUCGAGCAAGACCCCCGAGACAAGCGUGGUACGUUUGCCGAGGUGGGCUACCGCGGCAAGGCCGGCCAGAAGCUCAAUUUGCUGCCGCGGGCCUUCCACCAUGGGCUUGGGUCGCUCAUGCACGAGCUCCUGCAUGCGUUUGGCGUCGUGCACGAGCACGCGCACCCGGCGGCCAACGCUGUCGUCCUUCGCAACACGCUGGGCCUUGUCGCGCGAAGCAACUAUGUGCUCAUCAAGGAGGCGCUCGUCACGAUGUACGACGUGCACUCGAUCAUGCACUACGGCCACGGCCUCUGCCUCCCAAAGAGCCGCAGCAUCAAGUACUGCGCGAUCGAUCAAAAUGAACGCGACGGCUGCGUCGUUGCGACGGCCGACGACUGCGACCACGAGCAGUCGAAAGUCCUCGGGCAGCGCCGAGCCCUGAGCAAAGGCGAUGUGCGCAGCGUGCAGCUGCUCUACGGUCUCGCAACGACCGUCACGCGCGACCAAGUGCGAGCGGCUGCGCAGUUGCCAGGGCCAAGCCCGCACUAG